AUGGGUAUCAAGCAAUUCUUCGCCAACUUGUUUUCUGUCUGGAAAGCUCGAGUUCGAUCUUCGCUUCAUUUUGGGAAAGUCUCUGACGUCUCCGAUGAAUCUUGGGAAAUAUUCUCUGACACUCCUCUCGAUGCAACCUGGGCGCGAACUGGCGCACAAAGUCCUCUCCCUCCUCCAUCGCCUCUCUUGACUCACUUCGAACUGGAUCUUACCUCUUCGGACUCUCUACAUUUGGAAGACGAUGAAUCGGGGGACAGAGACUAUGAAACCAGCAACAUGGGGUAUGAGGGUGACGACGAAUCCGAUUCCUGCUCUGGUUCGGUUUCGAUGAAAAGCGAGGUCGGCUUCCCCGAUCCUGAUUACGAUCGGUUCCUCCCUAUUGUCGCUGAUAGGGAAGGUCAAGAAAUCUACUAUUCUCGCGGACUCCCCUGGGGCUUCUACGCUGCACCGCUUCAACGUGACUUGCCGACUUCUCUGGAGGACAUCGAUGAUGGCGCUACGUUCGACGACGAAUCGGACAAGGAAAAUCAUGCCCCUAGUGACACAUCCUCUAUCAGAGCCUCAUUCUCUCCAGAGAUAGGCACAGAAAUUAUUGCCGAAAUCACUGGUAAGCGGUGCUUGGUGAGGUUUGUAAGCGCUUAUGAUGACUACGGCUCGUCCGUGGACUCGGGCGAGGCAAACUGCGAUGCGGAAGAAGAGUCUGUCCUUGUCUUCCCUUCGGCGCCUCGCGCACCUGAGCUAGGGCGCUUCUAUACGCCGUAUGUAAACGGAAAGCAGUGGCUUGUGAUGGUCAACGGAGUCUCGGAAGGGGUUCUGGACAACGUCAAAAAGGUGAAAUGGGGACGGUGA